AGUCACACUCUCACUCGCACUCACAACCGCACUCACACUCACAAUCGCACACGCACUCACACUCACACUCACACUCACACUCACGAGUCUCACGCAGUCACCGUCUCACGCAACACCCUCAUCCCCGUCGUCAUUCCCAUCGUCAUCCCCCACGUCCAGCCACCAGCAUUCACAUUCACAUUCACAUUCACCUCCUCGAUGACACAACAUCCAUCCACAACAGCCAGCGUGCCAUCGCGCACACCAUGACGCCACACGCUCUCCCUUUCCCAGCUCCAGCAGCAGCAGCAGCGGCGGCGGCGGCGGCAGGCGGAGCAGCAGCAGAGAUGCGCCUAGAGGCAACGCCUGCCCUGCUGACCACGCUGUGCGAAGAGAGGCAGAUGCGCCAGAGAGAGAUCAGGCAAGCGUGCGCAGGUCGCAAGAGCAACAUCAUCACUUUUCCAAUGGCGGCGGCGGCGGCGGCGGCGGCCAGUGUCAAUAAUGCGACUGCGAGUGCGAGUGCGGGAGUGGGAGUGGGAGCUGAGGAGAGGGCAGCUCAUACGCUUUGCAGGCUCUUGGCCAGCGUGUUUGUGGUGCCGCUGUGCGAUUGGAAGAGCCAGUCGCCUGGUGAGUCGGUCGACUGUGGGGGGAUGGCGGCGAUAUCAUGGCUAAUGCUGGCUGAUGCAGUGCACGCACUCACACCCACACACCCACCCACUCGCUCCCGCAGCCAGCAUCGUGCGUGGCAAUAAUGAUCACGAUGCGCAUGCUGGGCAGCAAUCACCCAAUGCUGCUGCUGAUGCUGC